AUGCGCGCAGCGGCGGGGCUCUUCUAUGCGGCCGUGUUUGCUCUGUCUCAUGUCGCCCAUGCGGGUAGUCAUGGAUCGAAGGAUAUGGACCCGAGGAACAAAUGCGCUAUCGAUCCCACCGCAAUGGUGUCCGACGCCUGUGUCUCGUACGGCACGAUCAAUAAACUAAACGACGAAAUUUACACCCUCCUGCAGUCCAUUACGUCCGAGACCGACUUCUUCUCUUACUAUCGACUCAAUUUGUUCAACAGCGAAUGUCCUUUCUGGUCAGAUUCAAGUAGCAUGUGCGGCAACAUUGCUUGCUCCGUCAACACCAUUGAAUCCGAAGAAGAUAUUCCGCUUGUCUGGCGCGCUGAAGAGCUCAGCAAGCUAGAGGGUCCCAAGGCGAACCACCCACCCCGACAAGUGCAAGCCGAACGGCCAGAGAAGCGGCCCCUCCAGGGAAUGCUUGGUGAAGAUGUCGGAGAGAGCUGUGUGGUGGAAUAUGAUGACGAGUGUGACGACCGGGACUACUGUGUCCCCGAAGAUGAAGGUUCAGCGGGCAAGGGAGACUAUGUGAGCUUGGUGGACAACCCCGAGCGCUUCACGGGAUAUUCUGGACCCGGUGCGCAUCAGGUCUGGGACGCAAUCUAUCGGGAGAACUGUUUCGUGAAAGCCGGUGAUGAGGACCAUUCCCUGGCCUCCCCUCUGGGGGGCUUAGGGGGUCUGGGUGCUGUCCAGGCGGCCUCGGAUUUCCGUAACGUCUUGCAGAAGGAAGCGCAACGUCCCGAUGCUUCCUUGGACAAUGAGUGUCUGGAGAAGCGAGUCUUCCACCGUCUCAUCAGUGGCAUGCAUGCGUCGAUCUCGACCCAUCUGUGCUGGGAUUACCUCAACCAGACCACGGGCGAGUGGCAUCCCAACAUGCAGUGCUACAAGGACCGACUUCACCAGCACCCCGAGCGCAUCUCCAACAUGUACUUCAACUACGCCUUGGUCUCGCGGGCGGUUGCCAAGCUACGCAAGCACUUGCAAAACUACACUUUCUGCACGAGUGAGCCGGAGCAAGACUUCGACACCAAGCAGCGAGUCAAUCAACUCACGGAAAUUUUGUCCCGCCCACCGCAAAUCUUUGAUGAGCGGCUCAUGUUUCAAGACCCGAUGGCGCAGGGACUCAAGGAGGACUUCCGCAAUCGCUUCCGCAAUGUCAGUCGGUUGAUGGACUGCGUUGGCUGCGACAAGUGUCGCCUCUGGGGCAAGUUGCAGGUCAACGGAUACGGCACGGCUCUCAAGGUGCUCUUCGAGUACGACGAGACCAAAAAUGGCGAGAACCCGCCCCUGCGCCGGACCGAGCUCGUUGCUCUGGUCAACACACUGGGUCGCAUCUCACACAGCAUUGCCGCCGCCCGUAGUUUCCACGAGGCUCUAGAGUCUGGUCAAGAUCACGUCUUCCCCUUGCGCCACUCCGCACCCUCGACUCACAAUCAUGUCGAGGCGCAGAAGGAAAACAAAGAGCCGAAGAAGUUGUUCCAUGAUGGCACGGGUCAGUUCUACUAUGAAAACGAUGAUGGCGACUUCAUCUACGGCCGAGAGAAAGUCGAGCGCUUGCCGUGGCAGCGUCCACCCCGCAACCCCGACGCGACCGAGAUGGACGACCUGAAGACCGAGAUCCAGAUGAUCUGGGAUGUGACUUCUUACGUUCUUCGGAGCUGGAUCGACAUUCCCCGCACAUUAUAUGAAAUCGUUUUCUGGGAAGCACAACGCCUGUGGGCCUUUUGGUUGGGGUUGCCGGUCCCUCCUCGUCCUUGGAAGAUCAAGAUCCCCGACUCCGAGGGUGUGAUUCCACAACCCCCCGUCAAUCCUCAUAGUGAACUCUAA